AUUCCUCAUCCAAUCAACGAGUAGCCUCCUCCCACCGCCGGCCGACGAUAAUUACCCGCAACCACCACCGGCACCCUCCCCGUACGGGAAUCACUCGCUUCCCUUCGUUCCUUUCGCUCUCUCCUCCGCCUUCUGUAGGGACGGCCGGCGAUCGAGUGAAGAUUGGCAGAUCGAAUGGGCGGGAGCGGGUGGAGGAAGGCCCUAAGGGGUUUCAAGCUCUGCGUCGAUUCUCCCCUCGCUGAAGAAGGCGAUAACGACGUCAGGCCCCCUGUCACGCCCUCGGACCCCUCCGCCGCUUCGCCAUCGCCAGAUCCAUCGGAUUCACAGCCGCCCACUCCCACUCAGUUGUCCUCAGGCGUCCGCCCGCGGGUUUCCACGUCCGGCAGCGGCCUUUCGAAGAGGACGUGUGCCAUAUGUCUGACAACCAUGAAACCAGGGCAAGGUCAUGCAAUCUUUACUGCAGAAUGCUCGCAUAGCUUCCACUUCCAUUGUAUUGCCUCAUGCAUAAAGUAUGGCAACCAUGUCUGUCCAGUUUGUAGAGCAAAAUGGAAGGAAAUACCAUUCCAAGGCCCUUCUAAUUCUCCUCGUGCAAGGUCAACAGUUAAUCCAGUGAACAUAAAUAGGCAUCAUGCUUAUAGUUUUCAGCAUCGCCUCUUGCUCAAUUUGGAGCCGUGCAUUUUCAAUGAUGAUGAAGCAUUAGACACCACCCCCAAAGCUUCUGGAGUUUGCCACAGUGGAUUCGCCAACACUGUAGUGAUAACAACAUCCCCAGAAUAUUCAGCUAUUCCAGAGUCAACUUCGACAGAUAACUUUACAAUUUUGAUUCAUCUCAAGGCUCCUCUUGCUCCCAGAACAGAGACUUCAUCACAAAAUGUCCAUGUAGGUGAUGAAGUUCCUAGAACACAUCGAGCCCCAGUCGAUAUUGUGACAGUGCUUGAUGUAAGUGGUAGCAUGUCAGGCACUAAACUUUCACUUCUGAAGCAGGCAAUGGGAUUUGUGAUCCAAAAUCUCGGCCCGCUUGAUAGAUUGUCCGUUAUUGCCUUCUCAUCUACUGCCAGAAGGCUCUUUCCACUUCGUCGAAUGUCUGAAUUUGGCCGCCAGGAGGCAUUGCAGGCUGUCAAUGCACUGGCAACAAGCGGUGGAACAAAUAUCACAGAGGGACUUAGGAAAGGUGCCAAAGUGAUCCAAGAACGCAAGGAGAAGAAUCCUGUCUGCAGCAUCAUCCUAUUGUCUGAUGGGCAGGAUACCUAUAUCCUUUCUCCAGCAAUGCGUAAUGGACGACACAUGCAACCAGACUAUAGGUCACUUGUGCCAUCAUCUAUUCGAGAUGGAACUGUCCAUAAUGUACCUGUUCAUGUGUUUGGAUUUGGUUCUGAUCAUGAUUCUGUAUCAAUGCAUUCAAUCUCUGAGACCUCUGGGGGAACGUUCUCGUUCAUUGAAGCUGAGGGUGCAAUCCAGGAUGCAUUUGCUCAGUGCAUCGGAGGGCUUCUUAGUGUGGUUGUGCAAGAAAUGCAUGUGCAGCUUGAGUGCCUGCAUCACGAUGUACAGCUACAAUGCAUAAAAUCUGGCCGAUAUGCUAGUUGGAUUAGAGAUGCUCGACGUAGUGGGACAAUAGAUGCUGGGGAUUUGUACGCUGAUGAAGAGAGGGACUAUCUUGUUUCUGUCAAUGUUCCUCCUGACCACCAUGAGACUCAACUUCUCAAAGUUAGCUGUGUGUAUAGUGAUCCCGUGACAAAGGGAGUAAUUAGUCCAGCAGCUGUAGAAUUGAAGAUUUCUAGGCCAGAGUCAGUGGUGUCACAACCAGUCUCAAUCGAGGUUGAUCGUCAAAGGAACCGACUCCACGCUGCAGAGGCCAUGGCCAAAGCAAAGGCAGCUGCUGAGCAUGGUGAACUCUCAGAAGCUGUUUGUUUACUGGAAGAAUGCCGUAAAAGGAUUCUUGAGUCUGAGGCUGCAAAAUCAGGUGACCAACUGUGCGCAACCCUCGAUGCGGAGCUCACGGAGAUGCAAGCGAGAAUGGUUGAUCGACAACGAUAUGAGGCAUCGGGACGAGCAUAUGUUUUGUCAGGGUUGAGCUCCCACUUGUGCCAGCGGGCAACUAUGCGGGGGGACUCAACCCAUAGCGGAAGCUUUACUCAAUCCUAUCAGACACCUUCCAUGGCUGAUAUGAUACAGAGGUCCCAAACAUUUAGUCCUGCAAUACAGCAUUCAAAUUCCAAGAUGCGUCACACAAUGUCAUUUCCGGCAGGACCAAAACCCAGGUAAUUUGUUAAUCUUCAGUUGGUUGUGGGAGAAAAUGGGCAAGUGUAGGUACAUCCUGAAGAACUAAGAGAAGGCCUUUUAAAUUGGUUCUGGAGCCAUUGUUUUACUGCGAAUGAAUAAGUCGGAUUGGUUAAGUAGAUUGGGAUUUAUUCUACCUAUUGUUAAAUGGGUCUAAUGGCGUGUAUAUAAAGAUUGUAUGUAUAUGAAACAAGUAUACCUUUGUCCCUUUGUGCCUUUGUGGUUGUUGAGAUAAAGAACAAACGCCGCAUGAUCUGUGAAACAUUCUUUAGUUUGCUA